CCAAGCCAAACCCACUACAUUCUCACUCUCAUUUUCAUACAUUUUGCGUGUCAUUCUUUCAUCACAUAAAAUUCUUCUGAGAAUGCAUUACCAAGCAGCGGCGGCGGCGUGGUGGGGGAGCUACGUGGCGGCCCCUCGGAACGCGGCGGCGGCGGUAGUGGGGGACCCGCUGGAGCGCAUAGAGAGGCUGGCGUCGGAGAGCGCGGUGGUGAUAUUCAGCGUGAGCACGUGCUGCAUGUGCCACGCCAUCAAGAGGCUCUUCUGCGGCAUGGGUGUGAACCCAACCGUGCACGAGCUGGACGAGGAUCCAAGAGGCAAGGACCUCGAACGCGCCCUCAUGCGGCUCCUCGGAACCCCCUCGGUGGUCCCUGUCGUCUUCAUCGGUGGCAAGCUUGUCGGAACCAUGGAACGGGUCAUGGCAUGCCACAUCAACGGCACCCUUGUUCCUCUCCUCAAAGAAGCCGGUGCUCUCUGGCUCUGAAAAAUAGACCCACCCAACUAACGCUAUCUAAGUAUAAAUAAACAAAAAAUAUAUAUAUGAGAGAGGAAAAAAAAGGUUUUAUUAAACAGUGUUUAUUAUUAUUAUUAUCAGAGGAAAGGGAUGAAGUGGUCUUUUUGUGAGUCUCUUCUUCUUCCAUUCCAUUUUGGAUACACUACUACUACUUGCAGCAGCAGCAGCAGCUUCUUACUGACUUGUUAAUCAAUCUUCUUUCUUUAAUUUCUUUCUUUCGAGUUUCAUGCUCUUUUUAUUAUUAUUAUUCUUUUUGGUUUUUCUGGGUGAUAUUUAUUUGGGUUUGUUAUGGUUUGCUUGUUUUUGUAAAGAUAGAAGGCGAAAUGCAAAAAAAAAAAAAAAAAAUUAAUUUUAUUUUACUGUUUUCUCUUUAUUUAUUUGUUCUUUCGGAUUGUUUGGUUUUGGAGAAAACGGCACAAGGUUUGGAUUUUUUUACUGUGUUGUUGGAUAUGGACGCAUGAAAAGGGUAAUCUUUUUGUUGAGGAGAGAACAGUAGCGGCGAGAAACGGCGUCGUGUCUGGACGAAGUUGUUGUCGCUUUCGUUGUCUUUGUUUUGCUGUGUUGUGUUUCAUUUUCUUUGGGCUUGGAGUGAAGUGAUGUCAAUGCACCUUUCGUUUUGACCGUUUUUCGUGGAAAAUGGGAAUCAAGGACUGUCGUUAU